AGACAAACUACUACCUGACUGUUCAUGAAAGCAGCCACCAAACCUCAGGAUUUUGACUUUGCUUCCAAAAUCUGUGACAGCACAAGAUGGAUUUUGGUGUUGUCCAAGAAGACAGUUGAGUGAAAGUGAGCAACAUUUGAGAAGAAACUAGUGGAAGUAGAGUUUUCUAGUGGAAACAACACCCCACAAGUUUCAAGCACAAAACAUGACUGACUCGAUGUUUGGCAAUGACAAUGACCAGUGGGUGUGCCCCAAUGACAGACAACUAGCCCUUAGAGCAAAGUUACAUUCAGGCUGGUCCUUCCACACAUUUCAGACUGAGAGACUGAGGAAAGCUCAGACACUUAAGAAAACAGAGCUGGAUGUAAUCAUGAGUGUCAUCCACCGCUCUGAGCAACUCGAGCUCAUUGAGCAACACAGGAUUGGGUGUCUAGUGGAGCGUCUGGAGAACAUGAGGAGGUCUGCCAUGGGGAAUGGCCUGUCACAGUGUCUGUUGUGUGGAGACGUGUUGGGUUUGCUGGGCUCCCCGUCCGUCCUCUGUUUGGACUGCUGCAUGAAGGUGUGCACUAAAUGUGGGAUCGAGACUACAGGCACUCAGAAAAGAGUUCAGUGGCUUUGCAAGAUCUGCAGUGAACAGAGAGAGGUGUGGAAACGUUCUGGAGCCUGGUUUUACAAAGCCUUGCCCAAGCAUAUUCGUCCUAUUAAGGAUUCAAUUCUAGAUAACAGAAAGCCAGAAAUAGAAAGAGGAGAGCAGCUGCCAGUGACCAGGAGUGCCCCCAUCACCUACACUUGGACUCAAAGCAAAGUUUACUUGAGUGAAAGUGAUGGCAGUGACACUGAGCUCAGUGAAUGCAGCAGUGACAGAAAGACCUUCAUGUCUGAGAGCGAUCAAAGAAGAGAUUCCGAAUCCAGUGGAAGUCAAAUGCAGACAUCCCUGCGGUCCAGCAUAACAAGUACAACUCACACAAGCUUUGUCAUGGAAAGCCCUUCCAGCUUGGCCAGCGAUCAAAGCAGCAUUUACACGACUCUGGAGAAUGAGGUCAUGGACCAUAGCCGACCCUUACAAACCCCUCCAGCCCUCAGUCGCACCGGAUCCCUGCAGAGCACCUCUACCAACCAGAAGUCAGAGGGCCCGGCUGCGGACCACAGCCGGGAUGAAGAUGACCUGGACCAAGCCUUCGGAGCAACCGCUCUCGUGGCUAGCAAGAAGGACGAAGAGCCAGACGUGGAGGGCUACGAUUCAGACGACUCCACCACACUCGGCACUCUGGACUUCAGCCUUCUGUAUGAUCAGGAGAACAAUGCCCUACACUGCACUAUCAACAAAGCCAAGCUCCCUGUACCCAGAUACAAAAAGGGACUCAAACCAAUGGAUCACAAUGGACUGUCAGAUCCCUAUGUUAAGCUGCACCUGCUGCCUGGAGCCAGUAAGGCCAAUAAGCUUCGUACCAAGACCCUACGCAACACUCUCAACCCUGUCUGGAGUGAAACCUUGACAUAUUAUGGAAUAACAGAUGAAGAUAUGGUUCGCAAAACACUCAGGAUUUCAGUGUGUGAUGAGGACAAAUUCCGCCACAACGAAUUCAUUGGAGAAACCCGAAUUCCCCUGAAAAAGCUCAAACCCAACCAGACCAAGAACUUCAGCAACUGUUUGGAAAAGCAGCUUCCUAUCGACAAGACAGAUGAUAAGUCUCUGGAGGAGCGAGGGCGCAUCAUGAUCUCCCUGAAGUAUAGCUCUCAGAAGUCUGGCUUAGUGGUGGGCAUCAUCCGCUGUGCCCAUCUCGCUGCCAUGGAUGCCAAUGGUUUCUCUGACCCUUAUGUCAAAACAUAUCUCAAGCCAGAUGAGAACAAAAAAUCAAAGCACAAGACUGCAGUCAAGAAGAAGACCCUCAACCCUGAAUUCAAUGAAGAGUUUUUCUAUGACAUCAAGUAUGCUGACCUCAGCAAGAAGACCCUGGAGGUGACUGUUUGGGACUAUGACAUUGGCAAAUCCAAUGAUUUCAUUGGUGGUGUUUCAUUAGGUAUCAAUGCCAAUGGCGAGAGGCUAAAACACUGGUUUGACUGUCUCAAAAACAAGGACAAGAAAAUUGAGCGCUGGCACACAUUAACCAAUGAACUCCCUGGUUCAGGGUACAAUGAGUAAAAGUCUUCUCUUCCAGUGGUUGCACCAAUGCCCUGCCCCUUUCCUACAUGAUGUCGAUGUAAGCCCAGCCUGUGAUGGAUCAACACUCCAGCAGUCCAUUGAUUUAGAGAUGGGUGCCAAUAUCCCUUCCCGACUAACACACCUGCUCAAUCUCUUGUACUUUCCCUGGUGUUGAGCUUGCAGUUUGAUUGUGUGGCUUGAUGUGGCUUUUGGGCUUAAAUAAGGGUCUUUAAUCAGCCUGUGUUUGUAAAACCUUAAUUAAAAUGCAGAGAUUUUGUUUUCACAGCCAACAGGGGACCAGUUGUACUAUGUGUUAAAAUGUUUAAACGUACUCUACUGCUCUCUUUCUCUGUUCUGUGUUAUAUCUCUGAGUUGUAUUCAAGAAUGCUGUUUACAGAAUUUAGCUGUCAGUAAGUGUAACAUUAUGAGUACGCAUCAUGGCAGCAAAGGGGCUCUAAAAUACAAUAAUUUACUCAAAAAUCAUGUAUUGUUUACAUCAAGAAAACAGUCCAAGUACAGUACUUUUCUGAUGCCUGUAUUAUGUACACAAUUAUAAUUUCCAGACUGAUGAUUGUGAUGAUUAUGGUUGUGUAGGUAAAAAGAUAUACUCAUAAAAAAACGUUUUUACUCCCCUUUCAUUAUAAUAGGCUAGAAUAGCUUUUUGGUUUUUAGUUUUUAUAUGUACAACCUCCAAGUCCUUAUACUUGAUGAAUGUAAUUUAUUUAUCUUUAUUUAUUUUCUAUGCUAUCUCACUGGGAAUGACCAAUGUGCCAUUGACAUGAAGAGAGCACACAGGAGCUUCAUUCGCCAUAUUUCUGGAGAGAAAACAGAGCGAGCAAUCCCAGUUUAUACAGAGGACAGACUAAUGUUGUAUAGGAGCUAUUUUAAACUUAUAGACAAUGGAUUAUACAGCUUUCAUCAAGAGGUUCUUGCAUGGUAGUUAUGUAUUGAUUUUUUAUUAUUAUUAUUAUUAUUAUUAUUAUUAAAAACCUGUGCCCCAGCCUAAUCCAUACAUUGUGUUAAAUGUCUCUUUCAUUCUAAAUUAGAAAAAUUGACUUGUUUUGAGAUUGUUUUGAUUAAUUAAUGGAAUGUUUAUAUUAUUCUUCCUUUCAAGCAUUUUAAAGAAUUGUAUUAUUUUGACCAAAUAUAUUUUUUUAAAGACCGUAUUAAAAUCACUUUGCAUUUUUGUUUUAAUUUUGUGUACAUGUUUUAGCAAGUUGUGUUUUGUGGCAUUUAUAUUAUAACCAAUGUAUUAUUUGAACCUUUUUGUGUUAUUGCAUAUUUAGCAUGCCGUUGGUGGAUGUAUUAGAUGUAUUUCUAUGUGUUUAAUAAUUUAUCUUUUAAUUUUAUUUGGCUCAUGCUAGGAUUUUAUUUUAAUAGCCAAACUCUGGAUUGCAGAAAAUACUUAAAACGGUGGCCAUUUAUUAAACCCAAACUGCAGAACACUGUAUACAACCCUAUGAUUUAGAAACCUUAUAUCUCUGGAAACAUUCAUUGUAAAAGCCACUCCUGUGACAUUUUUUUGUAAUCUUCUUGCUUUUGUAUACAAACUCUAUGGCAUAACAGUGCAUGCAAUGUUCUUGGGCUGUCAUUAAAAUAACUUUGCUUAAUGUUUGAUACUGCUGUUCUCCUCUGUAAAAAGAGAGUUCCUGCUCUUGAAUGCUACAAGAAUGUCACCGUUCCUUCUUGGACAGUUUUUGUACUUUUGAGCGCUAUUGCAUUACCGUCAGGUCGCUCUAUUGACUGGACAUGUGACUGCAUGUUACAAAAAAUAAAUCUUGUCUUGUUUUGGUCAUUUUGAACUCUCAGGCAGUUGUUUGCAUAUUAUAGUGGUUCUCAGACGAAGUCAAAAUAUUUCUCCUCCUGGUUCACCUUAAUCUUGCACCAAUUGGCCGAAUUAUCGUGCCUUUUCUUUUGUAACUGUGUUUUUUGCACCGCUCACUUUACAGAGAUUCCUAGAUUGAUAUUAGCUUUUAAUAUGGAAACAAUAUUAUACAUAUGACAUAGUUAUAUUCUUGUCUGUGUUACACUGAGUCUGUUGGAACAUUGUGUCUCUUUUGGAAUAUGCCUUUUAGAGACACAUUAUGGGUAUCCUUACACUGUGUAAUAGUGCUGUGGAUGGCAGGGGUGCAAGACUGAGGUGGAGGAUGCUCAUUUAACUUCAGAUUCUGGGAUCUAGUGUUAAACAUUAAAAAAGAAAAUUAUUUCAGCACUGUUAGCUGGCCUCACUCACUGCAAAUCUUAAUUUAUUCAUACUUUUAUUUUAAAUUAAAAUGUUCAUGUUUAUUUUAACCAUGUUUAUCAGAUCUUUAACCUGUUAUGAUCAUAAAAUAAUAACAAGUUGGUAUAACAUAUCCACAUUCUUGCAUGUCGCAAUUCUUUUUUUAAUAAAAUAUGUUGGGUUAUAGGAAUAUCAUGAACUAAAAAAAAAACAGCUUCAGUAUAUUGCUGUCAGACACCAGAAUCUGUUGUUACUUUGAUUUUUGUCCUAUUUUAAGAAUGUUCAAGUAUUAUAUCUAGAGUGUGUUUUUUUACUAUGGGGAAUGAUAUUUGCUAUUUACAUGUUCAGAACUGGAAACCCAUAUCAAAUAAAGUAUGAA